AUGGAUGAAGACUUGGGGAUGAUAGCCAACAGGAUACGAGACAGCGAUGAGGAGAUACAAGAGAAUGCGAUUGGGAUGCUGCUUGGAAUAGCAAAGUCGUCGCAUUCGAGAUCUGUGGAUGUGGUGAGUUUCCAGCACCUUGCAGAUAGCCUAAUGAUGUUUGAGGAUGUGUGCAAAGGGAUGAGUGGAGAGAGGCGAAGGAAGAUGUGCGAUAUAAUCAGUGCGAUAUGCGUUAUAGAUGACGAGAGGAAGCUUUUGAGGUACCGUGUGGAAGGGAAUGUGAUUGAUCUUGAGGAGUGGGGACACUUUUAUGUAAGGAAGCUUGUUGAGUGCAUUCUGAAUGCCAAGAGUGGGAAGAUGGAUUUUGUGUUUGAGGAGGCAAGGGAGGUGAGCCUGAAGUGUGUGGAGUUUCUGUUCAGGCACAAUGCCGAGUUUGAAGCGAUUGAUUUUCUGGUAGAGAUAGAUUGGAUUGGGCUGGUUGAGAACUAUGUUGACGAGCACAAUUACAGAAGGGUGGUGUUGUAUCUUGAGGAGAUGAGCUUGUUUGUGGAUCUUGAAGCAGUCCUUGCUGGAAUAUAUGUGAAGAUGGGUGAUUGUACAAGACAUGUUGUAUGGAUGCUGAGGCAUCACAGGACAAGCGAUGCAAUUGGUUAUGUGAGGGAAAUGAGCAAGGGGGAGUAUAAGAAGCAGUGCCUGUAUAUGCUUGCAAGAUGUAAUCUGUACUACGACAGUGAUGAUGCAGAGGAAAGGUAUAUUAUGUCGAACAGUCAUGUGAGGGACUUGUAUAGGAGUGUUGUGGCAGAGCUGGAGAUGGACAGGCCAAGCAAGAUAGAGUCUAUAUUGAGAGGGUUUAAGCCUGACAAGGACAGCAAGCAGCUUGCGUCUGUUGCGAUGGCAAAUGGGUUUAUCCACAUGGGAUAUGGGCGAGAUCCGAUGUUUUUGCCACAGGAAGACGACAUCCGGGUUCCUCUGGAUUACAAGACGAUUCUUGGUGGAAACCAGUCUGAGCUGAUUUGUGUGUUUGGAUCGAUUGGGGUGAUUGAGUCGUGGAAUUCCGAAAAGGUAAUGGAGGUUCUACAGGAGCACAUUUUCUGCGACGGAUCAUACAGGAAGACGGGGAGCUUGCUAGGGCUUGCACUAUCUGGCAACAGAAACUUUGAAGAGUGGCCUGCGAUUCUUACGCUUCUGCAAGGAAACCUGCAGCAGCAAGGAUGUGCGCAUAUACUUGCAACACUGCUUGGGAUAGAGUCGAUGUAUUGCGGAACAGGGUCUGAGGAAGUGCGUGAGAUUCUACAGCCGCUGAUGUUUUCUGAUAGCAGUGAGGUUGUGUUUUUUACAGCAUUUGUACUUGGCAGUGUGUUCUGUGGAAGUGCAGACGAGGAGCUUACGUCUUUGAUGCUGCAGGUGUUUGUAGAAAAGAGCAAGGAGUCUGAGACACAGUUUUUCAAAUUCCUGAUGCUUGGGCUUGCGUUUCUGUUCUAUGGCAGGAAGGAUGUUGAAUGCGGAGUGGUUGAGAUAGAUUGCCCGCUGAGCAAGCAUGCAGCAGUGCUGGUCAGAGGAUUCCAGCAUGCAUACAGUGGAGAUUCCGGUGUGAUUGAAUCGAUCCUGACAGAUUCAUUUACUGGCGACACAGAUGCACUGCUUGAGUCGCUUGGGCUCCUGAGCUGUGCUCUUGUAUCUGCGGGAGAUGAGAUUUCUAGUCAGUCGGUCACUGGGAUAAUAUCAUCUUCGCUACUCCUGGAUUCGUCGCAUCUGAGGAAUGUUCUUCCGCUGUGCUACAGUGUUUUGUAUCCAUCCAAUCCGCAGGGUCAUGUUCUUGAUCUGCUCGAGAAGUUCCUGAACAUCGGUGAGACGAACUGUGUGAUUUCCACGAUACUUUCACUUGGGCUCAUUGGAGCAGGCACAAUGAACGGCCGAAUAACGAAGAUCUUUGAGCAGCAGUAUUCGUACUAUUAUAAAGAUUCAAAGAUCCUUGCGAUCCUUAAGAUUGCACAAGGGCUCUUAUCGCUUGGAAAGGGAAUGCUGAGCAUAUCUCCGUUGCAUUUUGAUAAGACAACGCCUGUUUCGAAGAGUUUAAUAGGAUUGUUCUCAACGGUGUUUAUGUUCCUCGACUCAUCAAGCAGCCCUCUGGUAUCUUCCCACACAUAUCUGUUCUUUUUGAUUUGCCAGGCAUGUACACAGAAAUAUGUUGUUUGCUCUGAAAAGAUUGGGGUUCGAGUGGGGCUUCCAGUGAAUACGGUUGGUAUGGUUGGAGAGCCUCGAAGACUCUCGUCAAUUCAGACACAUACGACGCCUGUUGUGCUGAACGAAAAGAUGAGGGCUGAGACUGACGAUGCUGUCUGUACAUCAUACAUUGAAGAUGUGUUGGUUCUCAAGGGGAAUUAA